UAUGACCUGUGCAUAGAUAGGACUUCAUCUUCUAUUGAUAACAAAAACCUACAACAAGAUGGCGGCUACUUCACAACAACCGACGAUAGUCCCUGGAUUCACCGGGAAAGCUUACCCGGAUGUGUUUAACGUGAAUGCCAUGCGUAUUCAACCACAGGAAUUGAAGCAAGGACAGCUUCCAGAAAGCAUGAUUCGGCAGUUCUUUGAAGACGGGUACGUCAUAGUGAAAGACUUCUUUACUCGUGCAGAACUGGACACGUGCAGGAACGCCGUCAACCAACAGGUAGAAAAUCUGGCACAGAAACUCUACGGAGCCGGAAAAAUCAAAAAUUUGUAUAGCGAAUAUGGAUUCUUUGACCGUUUGACAAAGUUAGAGGAGGAAUUCCCGGGGACGAAUAUCAUCCUCCACAAGGGCGACGGGCUACCAGAGGCUUUCAGAAACCUGUGGACAAAUGAACGUCUGUUAAAUGUGGUGGAGCAGCUUAUUGGUCCGGACAUAGCGGGACAUCCGGUCUGGAACUUGCGCACGAAAACUCCUCAGAACGAGGCUACCACUGUACCCUGGCAUCAAGAUUCUGCCUACCUUGAUACUGAGUCGUACCAUGUGCUCCAGCCGACUGCCUGGAUCCCACUUCUGGAUGCUCACGAACAAAAUGGAUGUAUGCAGGUUAUCCAUAAAGGUCACAAGAAAGGAAUUGUGGGUAAUCAUCAGUGUUGUCAUGGUGGCACGUGGUAUGUCAUGCUCGACGAAGAAGAAAUGCAGAGAACGCUUGACGCAGACAUUCCAAGCGACAUACGAACCUGCCCUGUUCCAUACGGUGGUAUGCUGCUGCUGAAUAACGUUAUUCCACACAGAAGCUUACCAAACAUGACAAAUCAAAUUCGCUGGAGUUUGGAUCUACGUUUUCAGAACCCAACGCUUCCUUAUGGUUUUUACGGGAUGAAAAAGGGGGUUAUCUUUAGAAAAUCGAACGACCCUGAUUACCAGAUCCCUUGGCAGGACUUCCUGAACGUUGACAGACGUGCUAAACAGCGUCAGGCUGUAAAGGACCUAAUGGAAAAUGCGACAGAUGAGGAAUUUAGUACCACCCUGGAAGGCCCAUGGAUGAGGAAGUGGGAGAUUGUUCAUACAAACCAGCACACGAAACGUGCUGAAAUGGAAGAUAGCCUCUGGGACGAAUGCAAGGCGUGAUACGCUGUUUAUUUCUAUAUGUGCAUAUUGACACAUUGUCGUGUCCCAAAUGCACCAACAUGGUUGAUACACAAAUGCAAUACUUGGGUGUUUUGUAAGACAUACAUUGUAUACAUUUCUGUCUACUUAAUCCUAUUUUGUAAUUACAGCAAUUAAAAUUGUGAUAAUUGUUUACAUUUCAUUUUUGGGUACUAACAAUGAAUACUUUAAAUGAAUGUAAUCAAUUAUUUUUAGAAUAUAUUAUAUCCUAUGUAAAUGACUUUUAACCUCUGUACAACCACUAAACUUACAAAUUCAAACUGCAUAUGUUUGUGAAUAAAACACAACAUACUGCGUGUUAUGUUAGGCUGGCUUCUAGUCCCAAAGAUUGUGUAAAGAGUUGUUCUGCUGCAUUUCUACGUUUGUGUGUGUACUAAUGCAAUGUUUUCUGUGAUGACUAAAAGAUGAUAUUCGUUAUUUCUUGAUAAAUAACAAUUUUCACUAAAUGAGAUAAAUCAAUAACUAUCACGGCUGUGAAACAGCAGUGAAAAGUAUUGAAAGUAUUCAUCCCUCGUAUUGACACAUCACCAGGUUUCAUCAAAAGACAAGAAAUAUUAUGUUUAUUACAUUUCAAAUUACAAUGAGGACUUGCUCGAAGUUACGAGGAUGUUUUCUUUCUGUAAUUUUUCUUUCUUCAUUUUUAUAACUGUUUGCUGAUUUGUCAGUUGACUGUACAAAAUAAAAUA